UUCGCAUCUCAUCUGACAUAAUAAUUUCUCCUCAUCUCAUCUCGACGAUAUCUCAUAUCAUCAUCUCCUGAAAAUUUUGGCAUCAAAUUGGAUAUUGGAAGCGUAAUCAAUCUCAAUCGUCGUCAUCAUCAUCAUGUUUCUAAAACCCUUUAUGGCUUCUGCUCUGUUUUCAAACCCUCCCGGGAACCCAUUCCCACGCUACUUCGCCCACUCCCGGUGAUUCACCGGUGACUAUCACUACUCUUUCUUUCUUCGCAGAUGGAUAGAUGGAUGGACGGAUUCGCGGCGUUCCAGUGAUUGGAUUCUGUCUCCUUCUCCUUGAACUUCAUUUGGGGCAGAUCUGAAUCCCCGCUCCUUCCUGCCUUUUGAAUUUUAUCCGUUUCGAUCCGAAUUGGGCGUGAUUCGGUGGGGCUGAUGGACGACGAAGAUCACCUAGGCCUCGUCGCCUCUGCUGGUGACAGAGGUGUCGAGCUGCACAAUGUGACUGAACAGCCAAUUUCACCUAAGGAUGAGAAAGUUAUGUCGGCAAUUCCUUCGUCAGAAGUGGCUAUCUCAGGUACAUCAAGAAAUAUCAAAGAACAGCCAGUUAGAUCAGAAGCUAGUGGAGCUCUUAGCACAACACAUCCAUUAAAUUCUUAUACACCUCCGGAGCCAAGUUAUUUUUAUAUAGGUGGAAGUGGUAACUGGGAUGAGCAUUCACCCUAUGCUAGUUCCAACAAUUUGCAUGUCAUGCCUCAGGGAAUGUACAAUGAUAAUUCAUCGCUCUUCUAUCCUCCGGGCUAUGGCUUUGACUCCCAGAUGGCUUAUGGACAGUUUUCCCCAUUUGGUGGCCCUCUAUCACCUGUAACAUUUGAUGGUCAACUAUUCUCCCCACAUCAAAUGCCAGUGUCGCCCCCUUACUAUCCUCCAAUUUCACCAGGCCCACAACAUGUUACUUCUGCUCAUGCGCCUUCGCAGCAUGAUUUGUUGCCCACAGGAAGUAGCAGCCAAGACAAUCUCAUUGACAAUGCAUUUUUUGGGCCAGGAUCUGGUUAUUUUCUCCCUGUUGGAUCUUUCGGUGGAGAUCUCUCUGGAAGCGGCAGCCUUGGUCUUUACAAGUUUCCUGGAGAGCUUGGAUCCAGUGACUCAUUGCAAAGUCAUUCGAAUUCCUUAAGUUCAAGCAAGUUCAUGUCACAGAUAUCUUCUCGGAAUGCGUAUCAACAACCAAUCGGGACGCUUGGAUCUUAUGAACAAAAUGUUGCACAGGGUUUUGGUUUGAUGUCAAACUCACCUGGACAAUAUUCCCAUAGUGGUUCUAACCAAGGCCCCAUUGGUUCCAAUCGGAUUCAGUUUGCUCCUGACAAAGGUGGAAGACGGGAGAGGGUUCGGGAUAAUGUGAAUAUUCCCUCUGAUGCAUUUGAUGCAUCAAAUGAUCGAAACAGAGGACCAAGAGCUUCGAAGCACAAAGGCAAUGGCCUCUCUCCUAGAGGGGGUGCUACGUCUGGAAUAAAAGAUGUUGAAUCUGCUUCUGGGCUUAAAGCUACUCACUUUAACACCAAAGACCUCGUAACUGAUUAUGAACAUGCAAGAUUUUUUGUUAUCAAGUCUUUUAGUGAAGACAAUAUCCAUAAAAGUAUAAAAUACAACAUAUGGGCCAGCACACCUCUUGGAAACCGAAAACUUGAUGCAGCCUAUAAGGAAGCAAAAGGAAAGGAAAGCUAUUGUCCAGUCUUCCUCUUUUUCUCAGUUAAUGCAAGCGGGCAAUUUUGUGGAGUAGCUGAGAUGGUUGGGCAAGUUGAUUUUGAGCAUGAUGCUGAAUAUUGGCAUCAGGAUAGGUGGAGUGGGCAGUUUCCGAUAAAAUGGCAUAUCAUCAAAGAUGUACCCAAUAGUCGCUUCAGGCACAUACUUCUUGAAAAUAAUGACAAUAAGCCUGUCACUCACAGUCGAGAUUCUCAAGAGGUGAAACUGCAACAGGGAGUUGAAAUGUUAAAAAUCUUCAAGAGCUACGAAUCUGAAACAUCCCUUCUUGAUGAUUUCAACUACUACGACGAACGAGAGAAAGCCUUGAUGGAAAAGAAGGCCAAACAACGAGCCAAUACAACUGCGCUCCCAACCGAAUCAAUUAACCAGCUCUCAGAAAAUCUGGCUGACACCCUCCGUAUGGAUAAUGGUAAAAAACACCUCCAGACCUGAUUUGGUUUAGCGCCUGCCAUUAUCAAACUACUCACCAUUGUCAGAAGAAAUAGCUUUUCCUCUCAAGGUGAUAUCUUUCAGACCCAUUCUCUGCCGGCUUUAAAUUAUUUUCACUCUUUUCGCCUUCCUUCCAUGUCUCAGAGUUUCUCUGCAUAAUUUCAUUCCAAAUAUUUAGGUAAAAACAGCCUCUGCUCAAGUAUUCGCCAAAACCACCCGUCUUUCUUUUAUAUAUAUAUAUAUGUUUUUUAACUUUUCUCCUCUUUAAUUGUUUCUUCUCCUUGUUUGGUAUUUGAUUGAGAUAGGUUGUGAAUCUCAAAACGCUGGUUAGUUUUUUUCUCGAGUGUAGCUCAGGCAAAUUAUUUUGCAGCUGCUUUGUAUUAUUAAUAAUGUGUCGAUGAAGGAAGGAAUGGUAGCUGCACGAGUAGAGAAGUCGAUCGGGUGCGUAUUCUUAUGUUCCUUUAUGUUGUUUGCUGGUUGUUCCUUUUCUUUUUUUCCUGAAAAUAAUAAUGCAGGAAGCCAUAGAAGACUACUGUGUUUUUUCUUCAAUACAUUUGAUGUUUAUUUUAGGAUUUGUGUUGUUUUAUUAUAGGAUUUGUUCUUCA